UCCGAUACUACGCUCAGCACGAAGUCUACUUCAGCGAUGUGAAGAAAAGAACCUAGAAUCAUCUUUAUCACUUGGCGGUUGAAAUUUAAGUUUUGUCGAGAAUGCUUAUUGGGCUAUCAUGAUCAUGCAUCUUAUCAUGGAGUGUUAUCUUCUCUUUUCUCUUUUCUCGAUAUGCUUGGCCUCGACUUCGAUGCCGGUGGUGGAUCUGGGAUAUGAGUUGCAUCAAGCAAUCUCUCUUGAUGAAACAACCCAGACUUACAAUUUUAGCAAUAUCCGCUACGCUGCACCCCCGAUAGACGACCGGCGCUUUCUGCCACCGCUUCCUCCCAUUGAAAAUCGCACGGAGAUUCAGAAUGGGUCUGUUGGACGUGUUUGUCCCCAGGGAGUACCGAUAUGGAGUGCGGAAAUCAUGGUCCCGUUUUUGGAGAGCGUGCUCUUAGGCACGCAGUUCAACCAGUCGGGCAACGUCAGUGAUUACCCGGUUGUUUGGCCGCCGGGAGAUUCGAGAAUCACGGAGGACUGUCUAUUCUUGGAUGCGGUGGUACCGAAGGGCGUCUUUGAAGGAAGAAGUGGUGGGGGGGACGCGUCUGCACCGGUGCUGGUUUGGAUUAAUGGGGGUGGAUACAUUGCCGGUGACAAGUCUGAAAGGGAUCCAAAAGGUCUCUUUAUGAGGAGUAUGGACACUGGGGAGGAGUUCAUUUAUGUUGCUCUUAACUAUCGGUUGGGCGCCUUUGGCUGGUUGUCGGAUACCGAGGGCAUGGCCAAUGCUGGUCUGUAUGACCAACGGCUGGCUCUAGAGUGGGUGAGGCAGUACAUCGGUCUCUUCGGCGGGGAUCUCAGUCGGGUCACCGUCAUGGGCGAGUCCGCUGGUGGGGGAUCCAUCAUCCAUCAGAUCGCAGCAGUAGCACGUGGGCCGAAUGGAACUGCGGACGAUCUGCCCUUUCAGCAAGCCAUCAUUCAGAGUCCGACCUGGUACCCACUUUCGGUGGAGCAGCAACAGUCUAAUUUACGUCAGUUCCUGGACCUGCUCAACGUGACAUCUAUCCAAGAAGCGCGCCGUCUUCCCUCGAGUCAACUAAUGGCGGCGAAUGCCCACCAGAUAGCCACCACGCCGGUGUAUGGGACCUUCACGUAUGGGCCGGUCGUUGACGGGAGCCUCGUUCCGGACUUGCCGAGCCGGGCUAUGCUUGCUCCUAACUUCAAAUGGAAGAACCUCCGCGUUAUGACGAGCCAUACGUCCAACGAAGGUUUGGCGUUUACUCCACCAGAUGGCGCCAAUAGUACAGCCUAUCCGUCCAUUAUUGAGGCUUAUGUCCCGAGUCUAACGCCGGAAGUGAUGGAGGACAUAGCUCGCAACUUCUACCCACCCAGGUACAACAUCUCGUCCGCUGAAAGCCUGGGAUACGGCAGUCCACUAGAAAGGACAGCCCUCACUGUGAGCGACGCAUUUUUCCGAUGCAAGAACCUCUAUCUCAACUCAGUCUUCGACACUGCAUACGCGUCCGUCUUCAAUGUGCAGCCGGCAUUGCACUCCCAAGACCUAGCUUUCACGUUCUAUAACCACUCUCGGCCAGAUAUGAAGGUGGGUUUGUUCGAUGAAGAACUCGCUUUCACGAUGCAGGAUUACAUUAUCUCAUUCGUACGACAGGGCUAUCCAUCAUCGGCAAAUGCGACGGAUUGGGAGGUAUAUGCAAACGACGGACACGUGCUAAAUAUGGAACUGCAGGACGUAGCGAUGAUUGCGGACCCGAUAGACAAGAAUCGGUGUCGGCUCUGGUGGAAUCUCAGCGGGUGAAGUGGUUGCUGUCUCGGAAUCGAAUCUGAUCAAAAUUGAUCCGAGACAGAGUGAUUCUGCAUGCUUUACUUGUAUUUGAGGAAAUGUGGGUGACUGCAACCAAACCGUGCUACCCUGCCGAUGAUCACCGCGGGAAAGAGCCGCAUCUGAGCGCCGCAAAAUCAGGCAGUUGUCAAUAGCCUCUGAUCGGAGUAAGACACCACCGAAGAAUUUUAACCAACCCGCACUAAACUAAUCCGUAGUUUGACAACCAUUGGCGCGGUAUAAAUAGCAGCACUUGCCGCUAAUGGGCGAGCUAAAGAGCUUGGCCUGGGCGACUACCACAGCGC